AUGCGUCUCCACACCCUCCACGAGCUCGACAGGACAGAAGGGACGAAGAACGUCGCCUUCCUCUCCGUCUGCUCGUUCACGUUCCUGACUAACUUUGGCAUCGGCGGCCUCACGCCGGCCUUCUACAUCCUGUCUAUAGAAUUUGACAAGACCGUGUCGGAGACGAGCGAACUGCUGCUGUGGCCCAUCCUCGUGCUCGGCGCCUUCAACUUCUUCUGGGUGCCCGUCGCAAACUACUUCGGCAAGCGACCCGUGUUUGUGGCCGCGUCGGGGCUGCUCUGCGUGUGCUACAUCUGGGGCGCCCUCGCGGGCUCGUUCAGGUCGCUGCUAUGGUCCAACAUUGUCGGCGCCUUCGCCGGGGCCUCGACCGAGGCGCUCGGGGCGAGCAUCGUCAACGACCUGUUCUUUCUUCACGAGCGCGGCGCCAAGAUGGGCCUAUACAUGAAUUUCAUUUCCGGCGGCAACACGCUCGGCCCGCUCGUCUGCGGCUUCGUCAUCACGGCGCUCAGCUGGCGAUGGCACAAAUGGAUCUCGCUAAUCCUCACCGCCAUCAACUUUCUUACCGUCAUGUUUCUGGUCCCAGAGACACGCUACCGCCGUGAUCGGAGCAUGAACGUCGCCGACUUGGGGUCGGACGCGCCGAGCUCGACGGCUGACGACGUGGCAGCCACGGAUCCGGAAAAGAGCGUGCGUUCCGCAGAGCAGGGCAACACUCCCGGAGCAUUUGAUUCAGCCCCUUUGCAACUUUCUAAGAAGUCAUGGGCGCAGGAACUCAAUCCCUGGUCGGGAGUUUCUGCCGACGCAAGCCUGUACAAGAUGUUCCUGCGGCCGCUCCCCAUGUUCGCGUACCCGUGCGUCGUGUACGCGUUCCUCGGAUAUGCCGUCUCGCUCGUGCUUACCGUAGCGGUCAACAUCCUCAACCCCUUCGUGCUGCAGGCGCCGCCGUACAGCUGGUCGCCGAUGAUCAACGGUUUGGUCAACAUCCCCGGCUUCAUCGGCAACGUCGCGGGCAGUCUUGCGGGGGGGUGGCUCGUGGACCGGUUCUGCGACUGGCAGACGCGGCGCAACGGCGGCCUGUUCGAGCCCGAGUAUAGGCUGUAUCUCUGCAUCCUGCCGUUGCUCAUCACUGGCGCGGGAUGCCUUCUGUUUGGCUACGGGGUGGAGAGAACGCUCCAUUGGACAAGUUUGUUUUUCGGGUAUGGCAUGAUAUCGUUUGCCCUGACGGCGGUCCCGACCAUCACCAUGGCCUAUGUCUCGGACUGCGUGCUUCCCUUGAACGAAGAUGCCCUCAUGCUGGUCAAUGGCUCAAAGAACAUUGUCGCGUUUGGAUUUCUCUAUGGUAUCGUGCCCUGGGUUGACGAGGUAGGCUAUGUUGACUGCUUUGGCGCCCAAGCUGGCAUCUUUGUUGCCGUUAUCGCCAUUGGAAUGGCGAUUCUGAUCCCACUGGGAGCGAGAAUUAGGCAUGAGCAGGCGCAGUGGCGCAUAAUCUUGUGA